GCAGAGCCGAGUCUCGUUCCCUGGGCGCGAGCAGCCCUUUCCCGGUGCGGGCUGGGCGCUGUGCCUGUGGCCAAGCUGGAGAGUCCAGGGGGAGCAAGGGAAAUGUGGUCUCGGGAGAGGCCUUCAAUGAAAGCGUGAGACGUACUGGCUGUUUCAUAGCUGUGGAUGAUCAGUAACACUUCUCUUCUUUAUAAACCAUGGCGUAUCAACUUUAUAGAAACACCACAUUGGGGAACAGCCUUCAGGAGAGCUUGGAUGAGCUCAUACAGUCUCAGCAGAUCACCCCUCAACUUGCCCUUCAAGUGCUACUUCAGUUUGACAAGGCUAUAAAUUCAGCAUUGGCACAACGGGUUAGGAACAGAGUCAAUUUCAGGGGCUCUCUGAAUACAUACAGAUUCUGUGAUAAUGUGUGGACUUUUGUACUGAAUGAUGUUGAAUUUAGAGAGGUAACUGAACUCGUGAAAGUGGAUAAAGUGAAAAUUGUUGCAUGUGAUGGAAAAAAUACUGGUUCCAAUACUGCAGAAUGAAUAGAAAUGUGUUUUUGUGCAACAUUUUCUGUUGAUAUGCAGCACUUUCUGGAGAGGAGCAUGGAAAAGGACUGUUCAUAAUUUAUUCUAGUGAUGCAGACAUGCAUUAAUCCAUGCUAGAAUGCAUCGCUGAAAGGCAGUGAAAAGAAAUAUCUUUCUGUAGCAUUACUUCAAUUCACCUAAAAGGGCAUGAAGAAAACAAUGUUACUUUUUUAAAUGACAAAACAAAUAUUGUUGCCUUUUUUUGUUCAAAGUAAUUUCUCUAAUAAACUUUUAUUUAAAAUU